AUGUCCUCCUCCACCAAACCCCAAAACCAACAAGCAGACAUUCCUGCCUCCAUCCAGGACCUCCACUGCUUCACCGAAACCAACGGCGUCAUCACAACAACCAUGUUCGACGUCCCCGGCUACCGUGUCGUCAAAGUCCUAGGCGCAAUUUACGGCAUUACUGUCCGUUCUCGGAACUGGGCGGCAGGCAUGUCGAUGGUGCUGAAGAGCGUUGUGGGUGGUGAGCUCAAGUGGUUUACCAACCUGCUCUACUCGGCCAGAAACGACGCCAUCUCCCGCAUCGUAGCCGAGACCCAAAGCAGAGGCGGCAACGCCGUCAUCGCCCUCAGAUUCGAUGCCGGUGACAUGGGCGGGUUUGCCCAAGUGUGCGCGUAUGGAACUGCUGCGGUUAUCGAGAAGAUCGACCAGAGCGUCGAGACCCAUCCGCAACUGAUUCGGACAUCUUGA